AUGAGAACCCGCAGAAGCAUCAUUCCGGACUCUGAGGACGGAUUCCUGAGCGCUACGUCAUUGAAAAGUUCCUCGCCGGUGCGUCAACUGGACCACAUACCAGUAGGCGGGUCCUCUCGUUCCAAGUCAGCGACCGCUAGCGUCAUCAAAGAUUCCGAAGUUGAAGGCUCCGACACCCUUGAUUUACCCGAUCCAGCGAAGAACCAGUAUGCAUCAGGACGCGUGAAAGUGGUCAUUCCUGCCCAAAAGGAUGAAUCCCCAGUGGAUUCGUCCCGAAGCUCUCUGGGGGUCCUGUCAGCCGACGGGGUGACUGGCUUCAACACGCCCGCCACCAGCGUGAGCGCUGCGGCAGAAACAGAUUCCAAUAAGCCCCGAGCACGGGUCAAUGCGUCAGCUCGCGCACAGCAACUGCGCACGAGUAGAAUGUCCCGAGCAACUCAAGGAGGAGUCAAAAGAUCGGUCGACGAGACGUCGCUCGAAGCUAUGGAUCGCUCGGCCUUGGACGCGGCGGUGGCUCUCGCCCUUCAAAUGGGGGAGUACGACCAGCCGCGGCCGAAAAGACGGAAGAUCGCUACAAGGUCUACUCGUGCAAACAUCAGCGCUAAAGGUAUCAACUUGGAUGAGUAUUCAGAUCUGGAAAGUCUGUCGGGUGACUCAGAUUUGUCUGAAUCUCCCCUCGAUCGCUUGUCUGAUCCUGAGGAUCUAACAAACUGGUGUCAAUCAGUUGACAGUGACACGGAUGAAGAUGAGGAUGAGGAUUUUGCUUUUCCCACGGAAAAUACUUCGGCAAGACGGGCUCCAAAUCGAGUUCCACCCACUCCUGUCUACGCAGAAUAUGAUGAGGAUGGUGAGGAGCUUCCGCCGACUUGGGAGGAGGAGCGGAAACUUCGCCGCAAACAAGCAGAUCGGAAGAAGUUGGAGAAGCAGCAUCCUACCAUCAGUACCAUGUGGGAUGACCUGAAGGCUCAGCCCAUAAUUGCUCCGAAGCAAGCGAAGCAACCAGAGUCUAUCACUCGCAAAUUGAAACCAUUCCAGCUUGAGGGCUUGAGAUGGAUGAUGGAACAAGAGAAGACUGCGUACCAUGGAGGUCUCUUGGGUGAUGAGAUGGGGAUGGGAAAGACCAUCCAGGCCGUUUCUUUGAUCAUGUCGGAUUACCCUCAACCUGAUCCGACCCUUGUCCUUGUGCCCCCGGUCGCUUUGAUGCAGUGGGUAUCUGAAAUCAAGGAAUACACCGAUGGUAAAUUGAAAGUCCUCGUUUACCAUGGCUCUGACUCGAAGGUCAGAAAGCUCACCCCUACUGAUAUUCGGAAAUAUGACGUGAUCAUGAUAUCCUACUCGAGUCUGGAAUCCAUGUUCCGAAAACAAGAGAAGGGCUGGGCUCGUACUGGUGGAGUUGUGAAAGAAGACAAAGGUGUCAUCCAUUCCAUUCACUAUCAUCGGCUUGUUCUCGACGAAGCUCAUAGCAUCAAGCAACGUACGACUGGAGUUGCCAAGGCCUGCUUUGCCCUGCAAGCUACUUACAAAUGGUGUCUAUCUGGCACUCCGGUACAGAAUCGAAUCGGCGAGUUUUUCUCUCUGCUUCGAUUCCUUCAAGUCCGCCCGUUUGCAUGCUAUUUCUGUAAGCAGUGCAAUUGCCAGCAGCUUCAGUGGACUGCAAACAAACAGGGCCGUUGUACGGAAUGCAAUCACACUGGUUUCAAUCAUAUCUCGAUUUUCAACAAGGAAAUCCUCAAUCCAAUCACGGAAGGGAGAACCCAGGAAGAGCGAAAAUCAGGAUUGACGAAGCUUCGUCUCAUCACGGACCACAUUAUGCUGCGCCGGAUGAAGCAGGAGCAUACGUCGUCAAUGGAACUCCCACCGAAGCGUAUCAUCAUACGUAAUGAAUUUUUCGGUGAGAUCGAACAUGAUUUCUCACGCAGCAUUAUGACCAAUUCGACUCGAAAGUUUGACACCUAUGUCAGUCAAGGUGUCAUGCUGAACAAUUACGCGAAUAUCUUUGGUUUGAUUAUGCAAAUGCGGCAAGUGGCAAAUCACCCCGAUCUUAUUCUAAAGAAGCAUGUUCAGCCGGGAUUCAACGUCCUUGUUUGUCGAGUUUGUGAUGAGCCUGCUGAAGACGCUAUUCGAUCUCGCUGUCGACACGAGUUCUGUCGUAAGUGCGUCAAGGAUUAUAUCCAGUCCUUUGACGAGAUCACGACGGUGGAUUGCCCGCAAUGUCAUAUUGCACUUUCAAUCGACCUCGAGCAACCUACCAUCGAACAGGCUGAAGAGUCCGUUAAGAAGAACUCUAUCAUCAAUCGUAUUCAUAUGGAAGAUUGGACCUCUUCGACCAAGAUUGAAACCCUGGUCUACGAACUUUACCAACAGCGGAACAAGAGUCAUACCCCGAAGUCGAUUAUCUUUUCGCAAUUUACCUCGAUGCUACAGCUUGUGGAGUGGCGUCUACGUCAUGCAGGGUUCAACACAGUCAUGCUGGAUGGAACGAUGACCCCCGCACAGAGACAGAAGUCAAUCGAGCACUUCAUGAAAAACGCUGACGUGGAAGUGUUUCUUGUUUCUCUGAAAGCCGGUGGUGUGGCCCUGAACCUGACCGAGGCGUCCCGAGUGUUCAUUGUCGAUCCAUGGUGGAACCCUGCAGCCGAAUGGCAAAGUGCCGAUCGCAGUCAUCGCAUUGGUCAGCAACGGCCCUGUGUGAUCACUCGGCUCAGCAUCGAAGACUCGGUCGAGUCCCGAAUUGUUCAAUUACAGGAGAAAAAGGCCAACCUCAUUCGAGGCACGAUCAAUAAGGAUCAAGAUCAGGCCCUUGAGAAACUUACCCCUGAAGACAUGCAAUUUCUCUUUCGGGGUACGUAA